AGGCCAAUCACGAAACAAAGCGACGUAGGCGUUCGCGGCAUUCCAUGACUUGCUGGGCCGGCCGGAAACAACAGAAAACAACACCAGCCUAUCCACUCAUCCUACAUACCGGCCCUUCACAAUGGGUGCCCAUACGCCGGGUUCUGGCAGUCGGCGCAGCAUCAUGACGGGCCAAUUUCGCCAAAGCACCGGGAGCGGUGUGCCUUCGCGGUCGAGGGUGACUUCGUUUCGCACAUCCCUCCAGCAGGCAACCCAGCCGAGUUACAAUCUCUUCACCGGCACCGAAGACGCGCCGACGGCCCCUAAUGCCAGGCACUCUUCGCGACAGAGCCACGAGGCCGACGGCUCCCAGCGUGCGUUGUCGCGCGAAAGUUCCAAGGAGAACCUCGCCCCUCCCGACGCCGAAGAGUACGAGACGCAGCGCAGGAGGAUCGAGGAGCUCAAGGCCGAGGUUGCUACGAUGCGCUACAAGAUGGAGAGCUACGAGCAGGAGAAGGAGAUGCUGGCUCUGCAGCACGACAACGAGUUACGCGACGUGCGACGUAAGGCCGAGGACGACUUCAAACAGAAGCAAGCCGCCGAGGGCGAGAAGAGCAAGGCGCAACGGCAAUACGAUAACAUCCAGAGGGAAUUGCAGGAAUUGAAGGAGACCUCGACGAAAGAAAAGCUUGAAUGGGAGAGGAAGGCACGCGAUGCUGAAGACGAGGCCCGUUUGCUCAAGGAGCAGUUGGAGGACUUGUCCGCCGCCAAGGAAGAGGGAGACAGGAUGGCGCAGAAGAAGGCCACCGACGUGGAUACCCAGCUUGCAAAUCUCCGGCGGACGAUUCAAGAGCUCGAACAAGACAACUCUGCGCGAGAAUCAUCGGUGCAAACUAUCCAACAACAGCUUGCCGAGAAGGACCAGCUUAUCGGCGAGUUGGAGGCGGACGUAUUGCGCCUCAAGGCUCAGACGGGCGACGCCGAGACCAUCGCCAUUAUCCGCCGCGAACUCACCGAGCAAGUUCAGCAUAUUCGAUCCCUCGAAGCUCGAAAUGCCAAGCAGCACGCCGAACUGAGCCACCUCCGCCAAGUAUACAAAGCCGUCGAGAUUGUCGAGGAGGAGAAGCGAUCGCUUCAACGCAGGCUCGAGGCUGCCGAAGCCCUCGAGCCGGCGCUGAACGAGGCCCGGGUGCAGAGGCAACGGUUAGAAGACGAGCGGCUGGCUUGGACUGCUUACCUCCAACGUGCUAGCGCGGACGGGGGAAUGAUGGAAUUCGACUCCCCUGAGGCCGUCGCCCGUGCGCUCGUCGAGGAACGAUACAAUUCGGCGUCUCUGCUGGAGAGGCUCGGCGAGAUGCAGCCCCAGAUCGUAGAACGCGACGAAAUCAUCAAGUCGCUGGAGAGCGACCGGAAGAACCUGAAUGCGCAAAUCGAGAAGCUCAAGGCCAGUCCGGCCCCCGUGUCGUCGAGCAAGGCGCAAGCCCGAGUCGAGCGGCAACGCGCUCUCGCGCUGAAAGAGGUCGAGUAUCUGCGCGCGCAGCUCAAGACGUUCGACGCGGAGGACGAGACGUUCGACACGGGGAAGUUCGACGAGAGCAAGGCGGCGCGCAUCUCGGAGCUGGAGCGGCUCGUCGACCAGUACAAGGAGGAGGUCCAGGCGCUCCAGAAGGAGCUCUCCGCCGCCGAGCCGGCCGACCCCGGCCAGCAGCCCGCCACGGGCUCCAAGCGCGGCCGCUCCGACGAGUCGGAGAGCGAGCAGCUCGGCGAGCUCAACCGGAAACGCCGCAAGCUGGCCGACGAGCUGGCCAAGUUGCAGACGCAGCACCAGGUGCUGCAGAAGGAGCACGAGGUGCUCCAGUCGCGCCUCGCGGCGGCCGAGGCGGCGACCAAGACGCGGAUCCUGUCGCUGCGGUCGAACCCGACGUCGGACUUCGAGGCGGUCAAGACGGCGACGCUGGCGGCGCUGAAGCAGGAGAACCGGGACCUGCUGGCGCAGCUGCAGCGGGAGCCGCGGGGGGGGGCUCGGGGGGGCGGCAGCGCGGCGGUGGUGCCGGCGUCGCAGCUGGCGGCGGCGCGGCGGGAGGUGGAGGAGGCGCAGCGGGAGACGGCGUCGGCGCAGAAGACGGCGCGGCGGCUGCGGGAGGUGUGGGGGGCGAAGUCGCGGGAGUUCAAGGAGGCGAUCUUCAGCACGCUGGGGUGGACGGUGACGUUCCUGCCGGGCGGCAAGAUGCGGGUGGAGAGCGUGUACUGCGCGAGCGCGAGCGCGGAGGACCAGGAGCGCAGCAUCGUCUUCGACGGCGAGCGCGGCACCAUGAAGGUCGCCGGCGGGCCCCACAGCCCCUUCGCCCGCCGCAUCGCCGACCAGAUCCAGUUCUGGGUCCGCGACAAGGGCUGCAUCCCCGGCUUCCUCGCCGCCCUCACCCUCGAGUUCUACGAGGAGCACACCCGCGCCGGCCCGCCCGCCGCCGCCGCGCCCGCGGCUGCGCGGUAAGGGGUCGCGGCCCGGCCGUAAUCGAAUAUGCAGAUGCCGG